AUGCUAAUGUUCUUGCGUAGUGUGCGGGGCAUGCAGGCACGCUCCGUGCGCGGCUUUGCCAAUGCUGCAAAGGGCACACCGCAAUCCUACAUUGAAAAGGUCGUUCAAAAGUACGCUGUUGACUGGGACCCCACCGUGAAGGUCAAGUCGGGCGAUUAUGUCUCCAUCGAGCCGGCGACGGUCAUGACGCACGACAACACCGGACCGGUCAUUAGCAAGUUCAAGUCGAUCGGCGCGACGCAGAUCCGCAACACAGACCAGGUCGUGUUCACGCUGGACCACGACGUGCAGAACAAGAGCACCAAGAACCUCGAAAAGUACAGCCGCAUCGAGGCCUUUGCGCGCGAAAAGGGUGUCGACUUUUACCCCGCCGGCCGUGGCAUUGGCCACCAGGUGCUCGUGGAAGAGGGAUAUGCGUUCCCCCAGUCUCUGGUCGUCGCCUCUGACUCACACUCGAACAUGUAUGGCGGUGUGGGCGCUGUCGGCACGCCGAUCGUCCGCACGGACGCUGCUGCGAUCUGGGCGACAGGCAAGACCUGGUGGCAGAUCCCGCCCAUGAUCAAGGUCGAGCUCACUGGUGCGCUGCGCCCUGGCGUUACCGGCAAGGACGUGAUCGUGGCGCUGUGUGGCUACUUUAACAAGGACGAAGUGCUGAACGGCGCGAUCGAGUUUACCGGCUCGGGCGUCUCGGCGCUGUCUGUUGACGAGCGUCUCGCGAUCUCCAACAUGACCACCGAGUGGGGUGCACUGGCCGGCGUGUUCCCUGUAGACGACACGACCUUGUCGUGGUACGAGCAGCUGCUGCGCAAGAUGGACAAGCUCAGCUUUCACGUUGGCAGUGCGCCGAAGCGCUCCGACACGCACCCGCGUCUGAACUGGAACCGUCUCGCGGAGCUGGAGCGCGAGCGCUUUGCGUCGGACCCGGACGCAGUGUACACCAAGCACCUGCGUCUGGACCUCAGCACGCUGUCGCCCCAUGUCUCGGGCCCGAACAGUGUCAAGGUCUCGACGCCGCUCGCCGAGCUCGAGAAGCAAAACAUUCCUAUCCAAAAGGCAUACCUCGUGUCGUGCGUCAACUCGCGCGCGUCCGACAUUGCCGCCGCGGCUGCCGUCCUCAAGGGUCGCAAAGUGGCGCCGGGAGUAGAGUUCUAUCUCGGCGCUGCCUCGUCCAUCGCGCAGCAAGAGGCGGAGAACUCGGGCGACUGGGGUGCGCUCCUUGCGGCCGGUGCGCGUCCCCUGCCCGCCGGCUGCGGCCCUUGCAUUGGCCUCGGUGUUGGUCUGCUCGAAGAUGGCGAGGUGGGCAUUUCUGCCACGAACCGCAACUACAAGGGUCGCAUGGGCAGCCCGAACGCCCUCGCCUACCUUGCAUCGCCCUCGGUCGUCGCUGCGAGCGCCGCCGAGGGUCGCAUCUGCGCGCCCGAGUCGCUGCGCCCCCCCACCGAGCCCGCGACGCCGACGCUGAGCGUGGUCGACACGCCGGCGGCGCCCGCUGCGCCCGCGGCUGCUGCGCCGACCACGACGCUGGACCCCGCAUUCCCCGAGUCGUUCUCGGGCACGCUCAUCUUUGCGCCGCAGGACAACCUCAACACCGACGCGCUCUACCCCGGCAAAUAUACCUACCAGGACGACAUUACGCCUGAGAAGCAAGCCGAGGUGGUGAUGGAGAACUACGACCCUGCAUUUGCCGGCGUCGUCGCGCAGGAACGCAAGCGCCUCUUGAACGAGGCCACGCAACCCAACUCGCAGCCUGGCGUAGUGCUCGUGUCGGGCUACAACUUUGGCACGGGCUCGUCGCGUGAGCAAGCCGCUACGGCGCUGAAGUACGCGGGUGUGCCUGUUGUACUUGCCGGCUCGUUCAGCGACGUGUUCAAGCGCAAUGCCAUCAAUAACGGCCUAAUCUGCCUGCAGUGCCCCGAACUGGUCGAGGACCUCACGACCGAGUUUGGUCGCGACGGCGUACGUGGCCAAGGCAGCAAGAAGGAGGGCGAGAUUAGCGUGCUGCUCGACGGCGCCUCGCUCCGCCUCGACAGCCGUACCGGUGAGGUGGAGCUGCGCCAUGCGAACGGCACCGUGUCCAAGUACACGACGCGCCCUGCUGGCAUUGGCCGCUCCAUCCAGGAGAUCUAUGUCGCUGGCGGCAUGGAGAAUUGGGUAGCCGAGCGUUUGUAG